UAGUUACAUAAUCUUUGAAUCUACAUGUACUAAUUAUGAUGAAGGAACAUUGGGUCUGUGUUACCCAUAUGGUCAGUGGGACAGGUUCCUUACAAUUAUGAAUUUAAUGUUAAUAAUGUUAUGUAAUUAAAGUCAUGUUGGGACUAUUUAGUUACAUAAUGUUUGAAUCUACAUGUACUAAUAAUGAUGAAGGAACAUUGGGUCUGUGUUACUCAUAUGGUCAGUGGGACAUGUUCCUAUUAUUAUGAAUUUUAUGUUAACAUGUACAUGUAUAUCAAAAUCUGUGUUGGUAUUCGCUUAACUAUCAGGUCAAAAUACCAAGUACAUGGUUGAAAUCGUCUGUUAAUGCAAAAGUUAUUAUGAAAAAAUGCUUAUGGGUUAGGCUAAUCAUAUAUGUGAAAGGAAAGGAUUCAUACUUAUUAUUCUUAUUAUAUAUUUAGCCAUUAUGCCACCCAUAAAGAGAGCCAGGAGAGAUGAUGUGGCAACGGGAGGAGUACCACCACCAACACCACCACCUGAAGUACAUAAUGGGAAAAAAGGGCAAAAAAGAACCCGAAAACAGGCGGAGACUGACACUGUCAAUGUGCUAUCAAAUCUUGGUUAUGAACUACUGGCAAAAGAAAUUGUAAACCAACAAAAAGCUGCUAGUGAGAAACAAAACAUCGGUGAAAAGGUUGGGCAACCUCCAAUGGUGAAUUCUGUUGAGGAUACUGCACCAGUAGUUGGGGAAGCUAUACCGGCUGCUGUCACAAUUCCUGCCUCUGCACUGGGAACAUUACUGGAUAAUGUGUUCACAGGUGAGCCCGCAGGCAAUUUAUCUCAGAGUACGGGUAGUAGUUUUGCAUGCUUUAGUAGCCCUCAAAUUCACUUAUCAGAUUGUGUGCCUCUAGGAGCAUCAGUUUCCUCCAAACUGAAACUUAAAAUUUGGAACAAUGAAUUUGUUGACUUUAAAAAUUUAUUGCCGACCUCAGGAGAUGAACCCCUUUCAAUUGUGGUACAAGCGGGGAAAAUUGAGCUACAACAAGCGGCUUCACAUAAAACACCUAUUACAAUCCAUCAAUGGACAGAUGCUUUUCUGGUAUUCAGUACAAUUUACUUACAGAAAUUUCCCCAUGAGGCAUGCAAUCUGUUAAAAUACAUGUUUACAAUUAGGGAGAUUCACAAGCUUCAUGGGGACCAACCCUGGAGAAUGUAUGAUGAGUCAUUUAGGAAAAUAAGAGAGACAGCCUCUAUGGGUUUAAAGUCUCCUACCCAAUUCCAAGCUUAUAAUGGUAAACAGCAGCCCUUUCGGGCAAAACAGUGCUACAAUUAUAACAAUGGGCAAAAAUGUAACUCCCUAGUACCCUGUCGAUUCGCCCAUACUUGCCAAGCCUGUAGUGGACCCCACCCCCGAUUUCAGUGUAGAAACAUGUCAUCCAAAUCUAUCACAUCAAACAGGAAUGGCGCUGGUUCUUCCAACUCCAGUAAACCCGUUAAGACUUCACAAUGAACUAUUAGGUUAUGAGGCAGAUGAAUUAAAAUUGUUAGUGAAUGGCUUUACAUUUGGGUGUAGAUGAGGCUGUGUUAAGUCCCCUUCCAUUCAUCCUCCUCAUAAUCAUAAGUCUACAUAUGAGCACCCAGAAAUUAUUGAAGAUUACAUUCAUACGGGUUUAAGUAAGCAGAGGAUAGUUGGCCCAUUCACAAGACCCCCUUUACCUCUUUUUAAAACUUCUCCUCUGGGGGUUGUACCAAAAUCCGAGCAAAACAAGUUUCGAAUCAUUCAUGAUUUAUCCUUUCCUGCUCAGGACUCAGUUAAUUCUAAUAUACCUAGGGAAUACUCUCAGGUUCAUUAUGUUUCAAUUGAUACGAUACUCAGUUUGGUGCAUCAAUAUGGGAUGGGUUCACUUAUGGCUAAAACAGAUAUAAAGGAUGCCUUCAGAAUAAUCCCCGUUAACCCAAAGGAUUAUCAUUUUUUGGGUUUUACUUGGAAAGGUCAGUUCUACUACGAACGCUGUUUGCCACUGGGGACAAGUAGCUCUUGUCAAAUAUUUGAGAAGUUAGGUACAGCUCUUCAAUGGGUUAUGUUAAACAAGCUAGAAGCAGGGGGUAUGUCUUAUAUGUUGGAUGAUUUCUUUUUUAUUGGACCUCCUCAGUCUGAAAAAUGUAAAAAUCAUUUGAUGAAUUUGUUUGAUUUAUGUGGAAGGAUUAAUAUUCCAAUUAAUGAUAAGAAAACUUUCUGGCCAGUAACAUGCAUCACCAUUUAUAGUAUUUUAGGUUGAUUCUAUUGAUAUGAUGAGUCCGCUGCCACCAGACAAAUUAGAAAAAUGUAGGACUCUUGUAUAUCAGUUUAGUAGGCGUAAAAAAGUUACUUUGCAGGAGCUUCAAUCAUUAAUUGGAGUCUUAAAUUUUGCUUGUUUGGUAGUAGUUCCUGGUAGGGCAUUUUUACGUCGUUUGAUUGACUUGACUAUAGGUGUGAAAAAACCUUAUUAUCAAAAAAAAUUUAAUAAUGAGGUAAGAGCUGAUUUAGCCAUGUGGCUAGAUUUUCUUCAAAAUUUCAAUGGAAAAUCAGUUCUUUUUCCAGAGGAAUGGGAAUCUUCAGAUGCCACGCGACUAUUUACAGAUGCUUCUGGUUUUGUUAGGAUUUGCUGCUGUGUUUGGUUCAAAAUGGUUUGCUGAUGAGUGGACACAAACUCUACCUUUGCAAAUUGCCGUAAAAGAAUUGUUUCCAAUUGUUUUGGUUUUGGAAAUUUGGGGUUCAGAGAUGGCAAAUAGAAAAAUCUUAUUUAUGUCAGAUAAUAUGGCAGUGGAAAAAGUAAUCAAUAAACAGUCCAGUAAGGAAAAGUGCCUCAUGCAUUCUACUUCGGCGUUUUCGGAUAGUGGCAGCAACACAUGCUGCACAGUUAGGCUAUUCUGAGAGUUUUAUUCAGCAUUUAGGCUGCUGGAACUCCAAUGCAUUACACAUAUAUAUUAGAAUACAAUCGUUUCAACUGUAAUUAUUUGUAUCUACAUUCUUUCUUACCCCUGCAGUUUAUUUAUAGCAGGCCAGUGAUUAACUGCUGCUAUUGAUCUGUACCAAAAAAUGUCCUUAUGUUUGUUACUUUUUCCAUAAGAGAAUCUUGUGCGUAAAAUAAGGAGGGUGUCUCAAUUAAUUUUGUUAGUUAUAGUAUGAUUACAGGUGUAGUAAUUUGUAAUGAUAGGUCAGUGUUUAACUGCUAUUUUUUAGUUGCGCAUUGUGUCUUUAGAUAUUGUUAGUACAACUUUUAAGUUAGUCUAUUAGAGUGCCUGCGGGUUAUCACCUUGGAAUUGCCAUUCAUGUUACAUUUGUACGGGUUAUAGUAUAAUGAAUUAUAUGCACUUAUUGCCAGGUCAGUGUGUAACUGCUGGCAACAGUAUGCCAAGUCAGUGUUUAACUGUUGGUACAUUUGACUAUAAACUGUGAUUUGUGUAUGUGUUCACAUCAGCAUCAACAAGUGCACAACUCACCUUGGAUGGCACAAUGGAAUUGCCAAUUGUCAUUAUGCAAUUCACAUUUGGUGGCAUAUUUUAUUUUUGAGGUGCCAUCUUUUUGCUGGUUUUGUAUAUAUUGUAUAUAAUUUUGAACAAAAUAUUGUUUUUCUGUAUUUUAAGGGGAUCAGCAUAUUGAUAAGUUAUUUAACAUUUUGUGUGAACAGUUUUGGGUCUGAUCCCCUACUAUGUUGUUUAUAUUUUUCUUUACUUUCGUCAAUUUUAAUAAAUGACAUAU